CUUCACCAUUGGUUGUUCAGUCAUUUUGUACAUAAAAUCAACGCUGGGCACACACAACAUGUCAAUCUUGGCAAACCGACUCCUCGCGACGACGACGGUGCGCCAGGCUGCCUCGCGACUCGCAGCCACGGCAACAACCCCGGCAUGGCAUGUCACCUGGAGGAGCCUGAGUGCCACCAGCGCUGCUGCCGCCCCUCUGGCACGGACGGCGUCGGCGUUCGUUUCGGCGUCGGCAGUUCAGCCAAAGCGCUCGUACGCGUCAUCGCUUGCCCCGACGGAGCAGUUCCGGACGCUGCUGGGCGUCGAUGUCGCUGGGAGCAACUCGCAAGUGCCGCAGAGCAACGCGCAGCAGCUGCUCGACAAGCUGCCGCCGGUGACGCAGGAAGUCGAGUCGCUGAACGCGCUGCUCGCCCAGCUUGGCGCCAAGCUCAAGCGCAUCGGCCACACGUCGGGUGUUCUGGCCACCGGCCCAGUGCUCACGCAGUGGCCCACGGGGCUGGUGACGCUCAUGCGAGACGCGGUGCGUUGGGCCUCUGCCUCCGCCCGACCAGCGCUGGUCCAGGACGUCACUGCGGCGCUGGGAUUGCUCCCCGCGCGGUCGUGUCUCCGUGAGAGCGACUCGGAGUCGUGCUACUUUCCCUUUGUGAUUGACGUUGAGGCGCUCGCUGCAGUCGAGGGCGCGAGCGCUGGCUCUGCGCCGGCCUUGGUCCAAUUGCCCGGCGGAUUGCUUCGCGCGCUGCUCGGAUCGGGCGACUCGACCGAUCCGUUCGUGGUGCUGACCCCGCACGAUGGCAGCGUUCACUGCGACUCUGGUCCGUCUGCCCCCUCGCGCGAGGCGCAGUUCCUAGAGCGGUUUGUGACACGUGUCAGCUACGCUGCUCCCGGCCAUUCUCCGAGCGCAGUCAAGCAACUCGCCUCGCGUCUCGGGGAGCUGUCCAAUCUCCAUUACAUCACCCUCCGCGACGACUUUCUCAACAAUCGGCCCGUCUUUGUCGCCGGCCUUGGUCCUGGCGGCAACAUUGUGGGCGUCAUGGCCGAGGAGGUCUGCACGUGAUUUUGGAGGCUUGCGCGGUUGCUCAGCUUCUCCCCUGCAUCAUCUUGCAGUCGAUUAGCCAAUUUUUACUUGUCCCAAAGGCUAUGACUGCUUGUGUUUUUGUUGAUAUUUUCAAUGUUCGUUUGUUUUUGUGGUCUGGCGCUUUUCAGGGCCAUCGUGCUCUGAUCCUGUUAUCAAAGUCGUAGUUGUUUCUUGAAUGUACUUCUCGGCCCAAUCCCAACCCCAUAAAGUUAGCGUUGCGUGUAAUAUUUGCUCAGGGAGGUUGCUUGGCUGAGUGUUACAAAACCAGCAUGUCGG